CUAGAGUACACCCUUCAGCAGGGCUAGGUGCAUAAUUGUGUCACAUCACAAUUUUCGCUCGUUCCUGCCCACUUCUCUCGCACUUCUCGAAGUUAACCCAUUACAUCAAGUUCUUUGAUACUUUCUAUUGAUACUUUAUCUACUAUCUCGAGUCACUAUAAACCGUUGACUAAGCCUCAAACAACAAAUAACUAGCAAAUUGCUCUAUAAUAAUAACUGCUCCUCUAGCAUCGUCACAAUGUUAAUCUUGGACGACUUUCCGUUCCAACACUCCCGAGUCCUGAACCACAGUGAAUUACCAGAAGGAUACUUCCAUAUUCUUCCAUUUCGCGUAUCUGAGCCCAGAGAAGGUAUGCUGGAAGCUAUUUUGGCUGCAAAAGACGACUGGGAGAGGUCCAUUGGGAAAGAAGCUACUCCACUUACUGCAGCGGAAACAGAUUGCCCGUUAAUCUACGUAUUACCAGAAUGCCCAUCAAAUAUGGUGGCCCCUAUCGUCGAUUUCGGGACUAAGCUCGUGCUCUGGGAUGAUGAAACAGAUAUACUUGAUCGCAAUACACACAAAGCAAUCAUAGAUGAUUAUUGUCUCGGUCUUAUAUCAGAGAUUAAACAGGGAAAGCGUUUGCCAUGCGAGUUCGAAAUUAAUAAUGUGUACCUUGAUUCAGUUGUACGAUCGCUUAAACAGAUUGGUGGCAAUGGCGAUGCUUACAAGAACGCCUUGCAAUCAUUUGACUUUAUCAUGAGAUCUCAGAGCGCCCCUCCACUUCACGAAGUGACUUUCGAAGAGUAUAAAAGACAUAGAUCAGUGACAAUCGCAGGGAAGUUACUAGAAGUUUUGAUACCUUCUAUAUAUGAUCUAGAAAUAAGCCGAGAAGAACAGGACUCGGUUCUAUCCAUGCUUGAAUUUGGCUAUUUAGCUGUCGGCUUGGCAAACGACCUAUACAGUUUCCCCAAAGAAUUUGAUGAGCAUGCUUGCAAGAACAGCCUUGACGUUAUACACAACGCAAUGGCAGUCUUGAUGUCGAAUUAUGGCUAUACCGAGGAUGAAUCCAGAGAGAUUCUCAAAAAGGAAAUUUUACUUGCUGAGCGAAGCCUUCUAGACGCAUAUCAAACCUGGAAAGCUUCUUCCGUUAACAAGUCAAAUGACCUGCGUCGCUAUAUGGUUAUUGCAAUCUUGGCUGUGGGUGGCGGAUGUUUUUACCAGGCCCGGUCGCCACGAUAUCAUGGCAGAGAGCUGGGCACAAGCGCAACGGAUCGCGCUCAGCUGAUUGGGCGUAGUAAUAAAGAUUGGAAGCUCCCAGGGCAUCCUUCACCGCAAUUAUUCAAUAAAAGCCAGAUAUCAGAUGUUGUGACAACGCAAUAUGUAGACAACUCGUCAUCAUGCGUCACGGACAUUCUUGCACCGUUUCAAAAAGCACAGGCCGAGUCAAUCUGCAUGGAACCCUACAACUACACGAAGUCAUUACCUGGAAAGAAUACUGUUGGCAAAUUUAUCGAAUGCUUGCGGAUUUGGUUCCACGUAUCCGACGAUUCUGCUGCUAUUAUAGAGAGGGUGACGACCAUGCUGUUUCACUCAACGCUAAUGAUAGACGAUAUUGAAGACGAGUCAACUCUUCGACGUGGGAAACCAGCUGCACAUGUUGUAUUUGGCAUGAGCCAAACUAUUAAUAGCGCGACUUUCGCAUAUGCUAAGGCGAGUAUAGAAUUGGAGCUUCUAAAUCAGGCUCGGUGUAAGAAGGCUUUCCUAGAUGAACUAGAAACUCUUAGUCUCGGCCAGGGUCUCGACCUCUAUUGGAAAUUCCACAAGAUAUGCCCAUCCACUGCAGAAUACCUUACCAUGGUCGAUAACAAGACUGGUGGGUUCUUUAGAAUGGUAUUACGACUCAUGGAAGUUGAAUCGAAUGCUGUGCCAUGUGGUGAAGCACUUCAUUUGGUAACACUAUUGGGAAGAUACUAUCAAAUUCGGGAUGACUAUCUUAACCUGACAUCAGACGAGUAUACUGCUAAGAAAGGCUUCUGUGACGAUCUCUCAGAAGGCAAGUUUUCCUUUCCACUCAUACAUCUGCUUCAAAAUAGUCGUGCGGCAGAUAUUGUACGCGGAUUGUUGUUUCACCGAGAAAACAGCCUUGGCGAUAUUUUGCCGGAGACUAAGGCUUAUAUUCUUUCUGAAAUGAGGGACACUGGCAGUCUUGCGCACACACGUGACACUCUGGCGGCACUAUUCGAUGGUAUGAUGACAGUCUUAGGAAAGGCAGAACACAAUCUUGGUCCAAAUAAAAGAUUGAGAGCAUUCCUUCUUUGGUUAAAGCUCUAAAAAUAGAUUACACCUGGAAAUUGCGGGUUCUCAUUUCGUUCUGUCCUUAUUCAAUUCCAAACAACUCAUUGACCUUACAAUAUUACAACGUGAGAGAGGUUCAAAGAGAAUAAAAUGAUUUAUUGGCAAGUAAUUUCAAGUGCAACUGGAAUAAUCAUCAUUUGCUCUUAGAAAAUACAUUUAUAAUCGUUUCUGCGGAGAAUGUAAAGAAUGGCUCAGGUGUGGAUCAUUUAAAAAUGAGACAACGCAUACAUGACCAUAAAUUCGUGUUCAAGUGAGGGGGGAAGACUUAUACUAGUCAUUCAAUAUCAGCUUUACGGUCUCCUGCCCCGGAAAAUCUAUA